GCCAAAGAAAGAAAAAAAAAUAGUAAAACAGAGCGACUCCAUACACAAACACAGUGACGUUUAAUUUUGUUUUGAUUUACGUACAGUUAUUAUGUAUAAAAAAUAUUGUAUUGUUUGGAAUUUUCCAUUGGAGUAUAUAAAUUUAUUGCAAAUAUAAUAAUUUUUUUACUGUGAACUAGAUUAAAAGUAUAAAUUUCAGACUCAUUAAAUAAUUUUCAUGGUGAUUCUUUAUAACUUUACAAUCUCACAAUCGUCAUUAGAUGAAUAAACAAAAUUGAUAAAAUACUUGAACAAAACAUAUUUUUUCUGGUUUACGAAUUUCAUGGAUAAAAAAAACGGUAAUUCGAAGGAUGAAUGGGGAGCUGAAGUUGGCUCUCACAUCCAGCGAGUCUCUAUGAAUAAUCUCAUCAUGAACUAUUUAGUCACAGAAGGGUUCAAGGAAGCUGCUGAAAAAUUUCAACAAGAAUCUGGGGUAGGUCCAACCAUUGAAUUGAACUCUAUGGAUGACAGGAUUCGUAUAAGAGAUGCAGUUCAAAAUGGACGUAUUCAAGAAGCAACAGAUUUAGUUAAUCAGCUUCAUCCAGAGCUACUUGACAAUGAUAGAUACUUAUAUUUCCAUCUACAGCAACUUCAUUUAAUAGAAUUAAUACGUACUGGGCGAAUUGAAGAGGCAUUGCAAUUUGCUCAGGAACAAUUAAGUGAAGCUGGAGAAUCAGAUGACAAUAUUCUGAGUGAAUUAGAAAGAACUCUUGCGUUAUUAGCUUUUGAAGAACCUCAUAACAGUCCUUUUAGUGAUUUAUUGCAUCCAUCUCAUCGACAAAAGAUUGCUAGUGAAUUGAAUACAGCUAUUUUGAAAAUGGAGCACAGAGAAUCAACUAACCCAAGACUAAACAAUUUAUUAAAAAUGAUUUUAUGGGCGCAAGAUGAAUUAGAUAAGAAAAAAGUUAAAUAUCCAAAAAUGACAGAUUUAGGGAGCGCAACUAUUGAAAGUCCCAAGUAAUUCAAUUUAAAUAAGGGCUAUAAGAUUAAGAAAAAAAUAUAUUUACUAAUAUACAUAUAUAUAACAGUCCGAAUAUUGUUUAUAAAUAUUUAAUAUUAAUAUUUAGUCUUAUUAUGAUGUAGCUCAGGAUUUUUUCAACUGUUAAAUAAAUGCGAGUCUUAAAUUUC